AUGCAAAGAGCAACUUUGUUUUCCAUGGAGGCGAUUGACGCAUAUGUCAAGGAGCUGCAGUCUGGACACGACCGUACUUCAACUGCCCCACCACUGACGGUGGAGAACAUUCUGUGCAGAAUAUACGCGAGGUUUUACAGUAAAGAAGGGCAGCCCCCGCUUCCAGACGGACUGCCCUUCUCAUUGAAGCAGGUGCCGUCACUGGCAUCUACAGCGGUGCUUCAAUCCCGUAUUACGGCAAUGAUUCAGAGCGCCGUGGCGACACGGCCUGUGGUGACGUUGUAUGAGUUGGAGGCGGAGGUGUGCCUUACGGAGAAUGUUGAGAUGUACGCCGAACUUGGUCUUGGCUGCUCCCUUGCGGCAUUGCCAUGCGUCCGGCACUUGUUUGGUGUGAGUGUGGGCACCAACACAGCCCCUGUCACGAGCACAGAGUUUAUGCAUUUUCUCCUGUUCGACACGAACGCCCAGGCGCUGCUUUCAGGUGGGGGAGACGCAGGUGAUGCCGUCCGCGCCUUCGCGUGCUGCUACAAGGGAGGCAAAUACACAAGCAUGCAGCUGGGCAUUCAUAUUCAGCACUUUCCUUGGCUGUUGCGAUUUGUGCGUCAGGAGGUUGGGAGAACCUCGACGUUUUUCUCAGAUUUGUUGAAUGAAAAUGCAUGGUGCUACAAACGCAACAAAGUCAUUUAUGAGCGUGUUAUGCAAUCCUUGCAUACAGCGAUGAUGUCACACAAAAACCACGCGGAGGAACCACCUCGUGAGGUGAAGUUUGUUGUGCAUGCCUCGCAGGAGGAGGCGAUGGGGACGGACUUUCCGCCUGAGAUGUGGGGGACGUGCAACGGGUCCGAUGGAGGAUUAUCACUUCAUGGCAUUCUAAGCGCGGAGUCCUCUUUCUUGCUUGUUGAUGUAAGACAUGAAAUGCACGCGUCGGAAACAGCCAGGGUAGAACAAAUGCCACCGAUGCCUGUUAGUUCAUUCUCCUCUUUGGCGUUUCCUUAUGCGGCAGCAGCGACGGUGACGGCAACAGAUGCAACAAAGACCACGCCAAAGAUGGUAACUUCUGCGCACACGAGAAAGCGUCGGCGUGGGGUGGUUGUGGAGGAACGGACAGAAGUGUUUGAAGAGACGCUAAUGCAUCCCCUGAAACAGCAAAAAGAGGAGAUACAAUCAGAGGAUGCGCAGACGUCAACUACGGAGGCGGCAGCAGGAGUAGCAGCAGGUUCCACACCGUUGCCGACAUUGCUUGAACCUCCUCCUAUUCCUCUUGAGAAGGUUCUGUCGAUAUUGCGUUCUUUGGCGGUUAUGCAAUCUUCGACUGUUGCAGGGGUGUGUGUCGCUCCAUGCGGUGAUUUUGCUGUUUUUAGGACAUAUGCUUCCAAGUUAUUAUCACGCUUACGACGAGUAGAGAGGGACGCGAAGGAGCAUGUUGGUGUCGCGUCGAUUAGUAAUGAUCCUUUUUCUGUCGAUGCGGACACACUUCUCCGUUUUUUCUCUUCCAAUGAGACAUCAGACGUAUGGUGCGCAUUCCACAAUUCCCUUGCUUCCCAUGCGAAUGCUCCGGAGUGUGGUGAGGGUAUGAAUACUUCUUCUCCUGGCGAGUUACUACUUCAUUGCCUCGAAUUGGGAUUUGCUGAUUUGAUGUUUUUACCGCUUGUGGCGACGAAAUCAUUAUUGCCCCUAUUGGCCGCACGGAGUUUACUCUUCCGGAGAGUUCUCUUAUCAGGGCGUCAUACAUCAACGGAUCUUCUUGUGUUUCACCCACUACAGUUCAUUUUUGAUGCAUCAGCAGAGGGCGUGGAUGGGUACCCUUUGGUAACGGUGUUGGAUGGCGAGAUACUUCUGCGCGGGUUGCAGGAUUCAGAGUUUCACCAUAAGUUGACUAGUUUGUUAGGGAAGCUUGAGGGCCAUGGGGUGUUAACGUCAGUGCCUGAGAGUUGGUUGUAUGAUGGGUUUCUCUUGCAGGCUGUGCGUAGUCAAAUGCGAGACUACUUUAACGGAGCUGAACGCACGGAUUUGGAGGCAUGUCAAAUGGCCUUGCGCAUGUUACUUCUGUAUUGGUGGCUGGUGGGGAUGUGGUGUCAUGCGCCACCGUCGUCAAGGAUUGCUAACGGGGUUGCGGAAAUUCUGCACGGUCUGCGGGAUGUGGUCUGGUUGCCUUCUCUAUCACGCCAUGGCAGUGAGAGUGAUGUGAGUGGUGCUGCCCUGCGUGUCGAAAGCUGGCACGCACCUUCUGAAUUAUUCCCCUUUAUUGGCGAAUUUAAACGCCAUGGUCUACAGGAUUUUCUGCAUUUUGCCCCUCAUGAGAUACGAGAUGUUCUUUCCCUCUCCAGGCAGAAUGGUGACAUCAGUCUGUUCCAGCAUGCACAUAGAUUUCUUGACAAGUGGAUAGCCGUGGUGCAAAGUGGCAUGGAAUAUGAUAAUAAAUAUCUAUUACCCAGUCCAAUGGGAAUGCCUGAGGCACUCACGGCUGCUGUUGCCUUGCGUCUGCUAUGUUUGCUGCGAGUGGGCAAACGCAUUUCAGUCUUCACCAUACGAUAUCUCUUGCGUCGCAUUGCGGAAACCGAUGAGGAGGAGGUUCUUAUCGAUGCGAGGAGACUUCCGAUCAUACCACUGUCGAUGACGCAUACGGGCCUGGAUGAAAAUGGGGAACUUGUCGUGCGUGAGAUGGCGACAUGUGAGACGGUGUGCUGGGAGCCACUCCCGGAUGUGGACAGGACGCAUAUGCUUGACCGAUCCAUUAAUUUUAUUGGGGAAGACUUUUACGAACUCGCUGUUGAUGUGCUACGUGUCUCACCUGUUCCAUCUCUGGCAACAUGGUUAGCGGCUGCAGAGGCAUGCAGAAAACGUAUUAUGGCCGGUCCUGAAAUUAAUGCGUCCCUCACGGAGCUUUUUCUACGUGUUUUUUCCUACUCGUGCACGUCACAUUACAGGCAUCUCCUAAGGCGAUUUGAGCAGCAAAAACCGGUAAUUCCGGGUAGCGCCGCAGAGGCGGCUCUGAGGGGUGUGGUGGAUGUUGUGUCAGGCGACAGUCUGGCGGGGCACACGUUUCCUCUUCAUGGUCGUUGGAGAAGUCCGGCGGAGGGGUUGUUUUACUGUGGUCCGUACUAUCGCGGCUUCUCCGGCCUUACGCUCAAAGUUACCACGCUUUAUGGUGCUGCCGUUGAUAAGAAUAAUGAUGACACUGUUGGUGAGGAUAUGACACCGUCUCUGCCCGUUCUCAUAUUCACAGAACAGCCACAUUAUGCUGUAGCUGCCGUGCUGCAGAGGAUGGGAGUUAUAGCGUUGGAGAUGUGUACUGAGAAGAUUGUGACAUUUGGACGAAUGAAUGCCGUCAAUAGUACCGGAUUUCACAAUAAAAUUGCGGAGUGUGCCCCUCGUGUGCAGGAAUUUUUGCGCACGCAUUACCCGCACUACUAUGCCCUUGUGCACUCCCAGGUACGGCAUUCCUUGGAGUAUUUUAGCACUGUACUUGCUGCAGAGCCGGUUUUGCGGGAGGUGCUUCGGUUUCAGGGGAAAACCUAUGUGAUGACGCGUACCGUGCGCUGUUGGUAUGUGCAGCAGCACAAUUGUCUCUACGGUGCGGAUGAGGAAUUUUUUUCUUUUCUUGCAGCCGACGCGAUUGCGGAUUUGUUUCUCCCCUUGAUGGAUGAGGAAGUACGACAGGGGGUGAAGAAGGUCUUGCAGGAGUCUCUACGAGAUGCAGAACUUUGCUUUAAUGAUACCCGGCCGCCUCCGUGCCCACCGACAACAACGGAGUUGCCACCACCACCACCAUCAUCAUCAUCGGCAGUGUUGGAAGAAGUGUGGCAAAUUUCGGCGGCACCGGCUUUACGCUUUCGUGACCAUUUUCCUUUGGGAAAAGACGGGUUUGGCCCCAGGGGAAAAGAGGGCGUUGCCCAAAACACAUCAGGGAUACUAGGAGGCUUAAAAAUGCCGCAGAUGAAGCUGCUGUUGUGGGGCGAGGGCGGUUACAUGGCUCGUUCACUGCCACAGUGGAAGUGUGAUCUCUUUGACUCCGCACACGACGUUCUGCGUGCCAUGGAGCACGGUCGCAGUAAUGCCGGAGGCGAUUCGGAGGAUGAAGGCUGCCCAUCAACGCCCACUGCACCAACGCCGAAGAAAAAGUCGUCCGCCCGAAGGCGUGCGCGGCGUGGUGGCCGGUCACAGUUUGUUGCUCCUGCGAUGGUUGUGCAGGAGAACCGGGAGACCGCCGAUUACGCAUUGGCAGCGGAGCGUUUUGUUGCGGCGAAGCUGCGGGCGGAGGUGCCACCGGACGUUGAUGUUGUGUGGGUAAAUGAAAACGGCGAAUACGGCACUCCGUACGACAUUCUUCUUGUGCGUCGCACUGUGAGAGACGCUCCGUCGACCACGUCAACGGAGAUUUUGGCCUACGUGGAGGUGAAGAGCACAUGCACGAACGUACGGCGUGACUUUGAGAUGUCACUGCGGGAGUUUCUUUUUGCCGCGCGAUUUGGUAAGGCGUACAAAAUUUAUCGCGUGUUUCGCGCCUCCACGAGUGCGACGCAUUAUAUGCAUGUAGAGGUGCUGGAGGAUGUGGUGAGGUUGUGGCGCACGGGGUCCCUUACAAUGACAGGUGGGGUGAAAGUCAUGCUGGCUCCGGGCGCGUAA